UUCAGCAGAAUAAGUCGAGUCGUCGACAUCUUUUAAAAAGCGAGCAUUCCCGUACGUUAUGGUUAAGUUUUGAGCUAAACAAUUUUAUUUGGAGAAACUACAAAACACAAGGGACCAGUGGGAUUUAUCUGUAUUUGUCCCGUUUUGAGUGAAAGUUGUUAUUGUCUUUUUCAAAGAUGGGCAGUCCGUACCAGCGCUCAGUACCACUGGAGGUGAGGAGAGCAGAGGGAGAGAGAGUUCGGGCCAAGCACCCUGACAAGAUACCGAUCAUUGUGGAGAGGGCCCAGAGGUCACGAGCUCCCGAACUGGACAAGAAGAAAUACCUAGUGCCCUCAGAUUUAACAGUGGGCCAGUUGUGCUUCCUGAUCCGUCAGCGUGUGUCUUUGAGGCCAGAGGAGGCACUCUUCUUCUUUGUCAACAACUCCCUUCCCCCAUCGAGUUCCCCUCUUUCUGCUGUAUAUGAGGAGCACCAUGAAGAGGACCUGUUUCUCUACAUGACCUACAGUAAUGAGAGUGUGUACGGUGCCUGAGGGAGGCAGGCAAAAGACUGGAGAAGGAAGAGAGAAUGAGAGGAGACAAAGUGAGACUGUGAGGAAUAAAGAGUUACGGCUGUU